GCGGAAGCCCAGCGCUGGACUCCAUAGCCCAUACCAUGUACCUUUGGAAGGGAGUACGAAAACCAUCAGCGAAAGUACAGAUGGGGUACCUAUAUAUAGAAAUAUUCCAUUAUGCACGUUAACAAGUAACAAUUUUUCUUUCACACAGUUCGCAGUUGGUUUUCGUUUUCGUUUACGUUUUAGUUUUCAAUAAUUUAAUAAGACGCGAAUGGCGAUGACGACGUGAAUAUCGUAUAGUAAUAGUUUAUCGCGAGUUUUUCUUCAUUUGGCUACAAAUUGGAGUUGAUAUCGAGUUUGAACAUUUAUUUGCUCAUCCGGUGAAAUGAAUUCUAUCAAGACGAGCUUGGCAUUAUUGCUGGUGGCGUCAAUGCUAGUCACGACGACACUAGCCAUCAAAUUGGAAUCGUCCAAAUAUUACAAAGAGGGCACCGAAGAUGGCGACCAAAAAACCGAAGCCACAUCGGCAACGGAUAGCAAAAAGGCCGAAAAACGAGGCCUGCACAGCUCAUUCGGCUACGGCGGCGGCAGCGGCGGCUCUAGCAGCAGCAGCAGCAGCAGCAGUAGCCACAGCUUCGAAGAUUUCGGAGGUGGACACGAUAUUCCCAUCAACGAGCCCCAGGAAUCGUACGGCGGCGGCGGAGAUUCUUUCGGAAGUCAAGGCGGUGACAUUUUGGGUCACGGUUCGAGCGGUAGCGGCGGUAGUUUUGGACUAUCGUUCGGUGGCAGUAGCGGUGGCCAAGGAUCGUCGUUCGGCCAACACUACUCGGCCGGCAGCGGAUCUCAUUUUUCAUUAGGUAGCGGCGGCAGCAGCGGAGGCUUAGGAGGAGGUAGCAGCGGCGGUCACGGAGGACUUUACGGCAGCGGAGAAGGAUCCUACGGAGGCGGCUACGAACACGUCAAGACCAUCUACAUAACGAAGGAAGUGCCGGUACCGUAUCCGGUCCAUGUCGAGAAGAAAGUACCGUAUUACGUAAAGGUUCCGGUCGACAAGCCUGUGCCAGUCACCGUGCACAAGCCGUAUCCGGUGCAUAUCGAAAAACACAUACCGAUUCCGGUCAAAGUGCCAGUUCCUAAACCGUACCCGGUCACCGUAGAAAAACACGUUCCUUAUCCGGUAAAAGUUCCAGUAGACAAGCCCAUACCGGUACACAUUCCUAAACCGUAUCCGGUUUACGUCGAGAAAAGAAUUCCUUUCCCGGUCGACAAACCGGUACCGUAUGCCGUAAAAGUUCCUAUCGAUCGUCCCUAUCCGGUCCAUAUUCCGGUCGAAAAACCGUACCCAGUUCAUAUCGAAAAGAAAGUACCGUAUCCGGUAAAAGUGCCAGUCGACAAACCGUACCCGGUACACAUUCCUAAACCAUAUCCGGUGACUGUAGAAAAACCGGUGCCUUACCCGGUCGAAAAACCAGUUCCUUAUCCGGUCAAAGUUCCAGUCAAAGUGCCCAUCAAAGUGCCUUACCCAGUCGAAGUGAAAAUCCCCGUUCACAUACCGAUCCAUCUACCCAAAGACGAAGGAUACGGCUCCGGUUACUCGAGCGGAGGCAGUAGCGGCGCUGGAAGCGGCGGCAGCUUCGCAGGAUACAGCUACGGCGGCGGCUCAUCUGGUCAAAGUGGCUCCAGCUUCGGCAGUGGGCACGGCGGUUUCAUCGCCAGUCACGGAAGCGGCGGCAGCGGUAGCGGCGGAUUCUCCGGCAGCUUCGGAUCGUUUGGAGGUGGCGCAGGAGGUGCCGAUUACGGUGGCGGUAGCGACCACGGAUUCAGCAGCGGUUCCGGCGACGCUCACGGAGGCUACGAGGGCGACGGUGGCCAUGACAGCGGCUCCAGCAGCUACUCUCAUACCAGUUUCGGCAGCAGCGACGAAUCGCACCAUGGCUAAUCUAUCAUAUUAGGUAUUCAGCUGAUCACUGAUCAGGUCCGGUAACGAUCCAAUAAUCGUACCAGAGCGCCAUCGAUAUACAGCCCUUUACGAAGCCUUUGUAAAUAGUCGUCUUUUAAGAUGUACUACAUUACUGCAUUAGGUUGGAAAGCAUUUAGAAAUUGUCUCGCGAUUAUGGAAUACCUAAAAUCAAUCACUCGUCUCCUCUGCAUCAUAUUAUGUACUACCGAUUGAUUUAACGAGUUUGUUUCAUCUGCUUAUAAAUCAAGACCCAGAGUCGAUUAAAAUACUCGGUAGGUAUUCCCUUUUCCAAUGGAUAGUUAAUUUUUUUCGUUUUACUAUACUCGUAUAGGUAUUCAACUUUGGUCAUCUUUUUUUUCUUUUUUUUUUUGGUAUAAUUAUUCGUACUGUUCGGUAGUAAAUGAAUCGUAAUAAAAGGGAAUACAAUUCAUUUACUUAAUCACCAGUACUUAUAUCAAAUAAUCAUUAGCUCAAUUAUUAGGUAGGUAGAGGUACAUACCAUUGUAAAACACUAUACGCGGUUACCUUUAACGUUUACCAUUUUUAUUCGUAACCUCUAAGUACAAAUUUACCAUUCUAUUACCUUUAGGUAGAUAUAAAUUAUGUAAUUUUUUUUUUUUUGCAUUAGUCGUCUUGCCACUCUUUUGUACCUUUCUUAUAAUUUUCCUUCUUCCGCAAUUUUAAAAUCAAAAGUUAGUACGAACCCCGAUUUCUAGAUAGGUAUGGUAUACACACUCGAGAUUACUUAAUAAUGAUAAAAAAAUAUAUACAUAUUACCGCACGUGAAAAACGAAAUAUUUCAUAUUAAUAUAAAUAAUUUCACUUAGUUAUUAUUCAUAAUGUAAAUUGUGCGAGUUGCUCUGAAAGUAAAACUUCGCUCGUUGACCGGAAAUAGUGCAACGUUACCUUUAACCUAGCGUCGUAUUUCUAGUCAUAGCGAUGACACAUGUAUACUCGAACCUACACUGGUAGCUUACCUCAAAAUUAAUCUAUAACCUAUCGAGUUUCUGUCGCAAUUUCAUUAAAUUUUUUCCACAUAUACGACUAUAAGUAGACACGCGUAUGUAAAGAUAAUAUCCGAUUCGUGUAUAUCUGCAUAUCCAUAUUUUAUAUUUGUAAUUUUUUUCAUUUCGAAACGUGCGUAUGCUAAAGAAAGACAUGAAAAAAAAAAAAAAGAAAUCCCAUUAGGUACUUUUGGCAAAUGACUACAUCCGUGAUCGAUGAAGUUACUACUUGUCUUAAACAAACUACUUAGUAUAAGACUUUCUUUUUAUUAUUAAUUUAUGUUUAAUUUUUAAGCUCAAAAAUUUCGAAUUACGCCAUUUAAUUAUAAUUUACUUUACGGUUACCAAAUACCUACAUAAGGUGUAUUUUUUUAGUGAACUUUUUUUCUCAUUUCUAUAUGUUUCUUUUUUUCCUGCCAAAGUUGCGUGUAAAUAUCGUGCUAUUUUUUUUUUUUUUUUUUUUUUGUAAUUUUUUGUAAUUCGAGUAGUAUUUUAUUUUCAAAAUUAAGAAAAUUAAGUACAACUUGGCCUCAGCACCAAAGUCAAUUUUCCUCAAUAAGGUAGGUAGCAGGUAUACCUAUGUGUAUUUCUAAAGAUGUUUACCUACGAUUUAUUUUAUAUAAGUACAAUGUAUUUGUAGGUAAAUGAGAUAUUUUGUCGAUUAAAUAAUUUAUUUAAAAGUA